AUGGAAUUGAAGGUGGUGACAAAGAUGCAAGUGAGCCUGCUGCUGCUGAUGAUGAUUGCGUUAGCAAGAACAGCAACUGCAGCAGAUGACCAAGCCCUGCCCGGCUGCCCCAACAAGUGCGGAGAUGUUUCAAUUCCAUACCCCUUUGGCGUAGGUGUGUCAAAUAUCACCGGAGAAAACUGUUCCUUUCAGACAGACUUGAAACUCAACUGCACAAACUCCACUCUAUACGUAUAUAACAUCCCAGUUCUGAACAUAACCCUCCUAGGUCAAUUGGAGAUGAAUUUCUUCGUCUCCGCUAUCUGCAAAGUCAACAUUUUUAACGGAGUAACAGAAGCCAACAUAGCCAAACUCAAUAUUCCAUCCUUCACCAUUUCCAGCACGGAAAACAAGUUCAUGAGUAUAGGCUGCGACACGUACGGGUUUCUAGAAAGUUACGUCAACGAUUCUAUUCACUCAACAACAGGGUGCUUGACAAAAUGUUGGGACAAUCUAGAAAAUUUGGAAAACAUGCAAACGAAUGAUGGUAAAUGUGCAGGCAGAGGGUGCUGCCAGGUGGAUAUACCGCCUGGAAUGAAGAAUAUAGUUAUAGAAGCAAAUACCUUUAAUAAUUUCAGAAACUCUUCCGAUUCCAACAUCUGCAGCGUUUCGUUUGUGAUGAAAAAUGGCGGCUACAAUUUCUCCGUGGAUCAUUUGAAGCGCAUCCCAUUCAAUAGUACUCCCAUGAUUGUUGAUUGGAGUGUUGGAGAUGCUGGCUGUAACGUUUCCAAGGAUAAAGCCAACUAUGCGUGCAAAAGUGAUAAUAGCGUUUGCGAGGACCCACCCUCUGCCGGUGGAAAUGGCUACCUAUGCAAAUGUAAACCAGGUUUUGAGGGCAACGCUUACCUUCCCCAAGGUUGCACAGACUUUCCAGAUUGUAAAAGGGACAAACACAACUGCGCAAGAGCAGAAUAUUGUCAUGAAACUCCUGGCUCUUUUGAAUGUUUAUGUCCUGAGGGAAUGAUCGGAAAUGCAACAAACGAAGGUGGAGGAUGCCAGCCAAAGCAGCGGUCUGAUGCAUUUACCAAGAUCUUCAUUGGAGCAGGUGUAGGAUUAAUUGCUCUCUUUGUGGGAGCUUCUUGGCUGUACUUGAUGCUCCAGAAAAGGAGAGUCCUCAAACUAAAAGAAAAGUUCUUUCAGCAAAAUGGAGGCAUAAUUCUAACACAGAAACUCUCUACUAGAAGAGAUUCGUCUCAAUCCACCGCAAUUUUCAGUGCCGAGCAACUCAAUAAAGCCACCAACAAUUUUGAUGAGAAUUUGAUCAUCGGCAAAGGAGGUUAUGGAACAGUUUUCAAAGGAGUUCUCUCUAAUAAUCAAGUUGUUGCUAUCAAGAAGUCCAAAAUAGUGGACGUGAGCCAGGUGGAGCAAUUCAUCAACGAGGUCAUUAUACUGUCACAGAUUAAUCACAGGAACGUGGUCAAACUCCUAGGUUGUUGUCUAGAGACAGAAGUUCCUUUAUUGGUGUAUGAAUUUGUUAAAAAUGGCACUCUUUUUGAUUAUUUGCAUAAACAAAGCCAAGUGGGCAAUGUAUCUUGGAAAACACGUCUAAGGAUUGGCGCUGAAGCAGCUGGAGCUUUGUCAUAUCUACACUCAGCAGCUAGCAUACCCAUCAUCCACAGGGAUGUGAAAACUGCCAACAUACUCUUAGAUGACAAUAACACUGCCAAAGUUUCUGACUUUGGAGCUUCGCGAUUGGUUCCACAAGACCAAACUGAAAUAGCCACAAUUGUGCAAGGAACCUUUGGGUAUUUAGACCCAGAGUACAUGCAAUCAGGCCAAUUGACUGAAAAGAGUGAUGUUUAUAGCUUUGGAGUAGUGCUUGUAGAACUGCUAACUGGGGAGGAGCCUUUCUCUUUUCAAAGGGCAGAAGAUAAACGAAGUCUUACAUUUCACUUUGUAUGUAGCUUGGAAGAGGAUCAUCUAUUUGAUGUUCUUCAGAUUGGUGUUGAGGAUGAAGAAAAUAAACAGGAGAUCAUGCAGGUUGCUAUUCUUGCUGCCAGGUGCUUGAAACUUAGAGGGGAGGAAAGGCCUAGCAUGAAGGAAGUGGCAAUGGAAUUGGAGGGAAUAAGGCUUAUGGACAAACAUCCUUGGACCAAUACAAACCAAAAUUUUGAGGAGAGACAAUACUUGCUUUCUGAGGCACAAAGCAUUCGUGAACCUGGUGACAGUAGUGGCCAACAGAAUAUUACUGGAUAUGAUAGCGUGAGGGAACUUCAAUUAAUGGACUUUGGUGAUGGAAGAUGAUCAACGCACACGGCACAAAAAUUAUAUGCAGUCCCACUUCAGUAUUUUUGUUUUCUUUAUUUCUUCUUCAGUUACUCUCAUUGUAUU